AUGGUUGACCUCUCUUCUGAUACUCAGGAAAGAUCUUCGGAAGUUCAAGUUACUGUUGCUGACAAGGAUCUUUUUGAAAAGUAUGUAAAAAGCAUUGUCUCUGCUAUUGACGGCGUUGAGAACGCCACGGCUCUCGACAAGGCGAUUUCAGAUCAGAGUGCUCAAGAUGCUAUUAGGAAGUUUUUGAGUGAUGGCCAGUGUCAUGCACUUUUGGUGCAGAAGUCAUCUAAUAAAGGUAUUGCCUUCUUGAUUAAUAUCGACUCACUAGAUGAGGAUGACGAAAGCGAUGGUUCGGAUUCCGCAUUUUCCUACGCUAUCGCUGCGGACGUCCGCUACACAAAUCCGAAAAUGCAGAGUUUGGUUUUUGUCAAACGAAAUCCAGUCGUUGAAUCGGGGAAAUCAUUUGCUUCGCAGCUGCGUAUGUCAACGUUGUGUGACGGGGCUCCAUUUGAAACACUGCAUUCGAUGAUUAGCAACGUUGUUAGUCCUUACUACAAAUCCUAUGUAAAAGAGUCUGGCAAGGCAGAACGGGACGGCGACAAAGUUGCUCCAAGUGUGGAAAAAAAAAUAGCGGAACUUGAGAUUGGUCUCCUUCAUCUGCAGCAAAACAUCGAUAUUCCUGAAGUAUCUCUAAACAUAAAUCCGAUCGUGCUUCAAGUCAUAAAGAAUUGUGACGAAGAAGGUAGACGUGCGAAGGUGUCCGAUUUCGAAUCCUAUCUUCAAGAUUCAGCCUUUUUGAACGCAUUACAAGCGGGAGUGAACCGCUGGAUAAAGGAUAUUCAGAAAGUGACGAAUCUCAAUCGUGACCCAUCAACCGGAACGGCACUUCAGGAGGUGACGUUUUGGUUGAAUCUUGAGCGAGCUUUGUCACGGAUUCAAGAAAAACGAUCCUCACUUGAAGUCACACUUACCCUUGAAAUAUUAAGGACUGCGAAACGGUUUUUGGCCACUGUCAGUUUCGAUUCCGAUACGGGUCUAACACGUGCCAUUGAUAUGGUAAAUGAUUACAACCCACUCAUGAAAGACUUUCCAUUAAAUGACCUUCUUUCUGCCACGGACUUGGAUAAAAUAAAACUCGCUCUCCAAGCCAUUUUCACGCAUCUGAGAAAAAUUCGCAAUACCAAGUAUCCACUUCAGCGAUGUCUUAAACUAAUUGAGGCCAUUUCUCGCGACCUUACCUCGCAACUUCUAAAGGUUCUUGGCACGCGUCGUCUUAUGCAUAUGCCCUACGACGAAUUUGAACGUAUAAUGAGCGCUUGUUUUGAUGUUUUUGGUGUGUGGGACGAUGAAUACGAAAAGAUUCAGAGUCUAUUGCGUGAAAUUUCUAAGAAGAAGCGCGAGGAAACUAUUCGAGUGGUCUGGCGGACAAACCUUGCUCAUCGCCUUCUUCAAGCGCGUUUGGACAAUCUUCGCAAAUUAUGGCAUCAACAUGAACAGCUCCGUUUGGUUAUUGUUCGUGUCAGGCCGACUGCGAGAACUACCUCCCAACCUGAGGCCACCAAGGGUAAGUUGGUUGAAGAUGAUCCAAAGCAACAUACUGAGGAACCUCUGCUUGACGCGGCGGAUGCAAAUGCUAUUGAUGAUGUCAAUAAAGCCUUUGAAUUAGUUAAAGAAGUUGAUUGUCUUGAUCUGAGCAAAGAAGGGACGGAAGUAUGGGAUGCCACUAUCAAACGUUAUGAGGAACGAAUUGAUGGCGUGGAGACUCGAAUUGCCGCUAGGUUGCGUGAUCUCUUGGGAACUGCAAAAAGUGCUAACGAAAUGUUUCGCUAUUUUUCGCGCUUUAAUGCGCUCUUUGUGCGUCCCCACAUUCGCGGAGCAAUCCGGGAGUAUCAGACACAGCUGAUAAAUCGAGUCAGAGAGGACACUGAAGCUCUACAUGAAAAAUUCAAGAAUCAGUAUCGCUUUAGUCGAGCCUCCCGCAAGGGUUGGGAGCAUCAUCGCGAAGGCCAGGAUCUCAAAUCGAAUGGAGAAGAUUUUAAGUCGAAGCUGAACACAAAUGCCAUAUUUGAUGAUUGGUGUCGUAAAGUGCAACAUAAUCAGUUUAACUUAACCCGUCGUAUUUUCUGUGUUGAACCCGUUCGUGUAAAAAUACCCAACAAGGAUGGAUCAACGCAAACCACAACCAUGAUGAAGCUGGCAGUUACUUUUGUGCUCGACGUUAUUACACUAUCUAAAGAGGUUCGUUGUAUGAAAGCAAUGGGAUUUCGAGUGCCUCUUUCAAUAGUGAAUCGCGCACAUCAGACCAACAUGUUAUACCCUUCGGCGACCUCUCUUAAUCAAAGUGUCCAAAUCUACGAAGCGAUCUGCGCCAAAAUAGACGCAAAUAAUGCUCAAAAUCUGGCUAUAUUAUGUGCCGGUCUGCGACGUGAAGCCCAAAACCUGAUAUCCGAGGGUGUACAGUUGAACUGGGAUUCCUACCGGCUGUCGAACUUCGUUCAAAAGUUUUCGGAAGCUAUCCUUCAAUUUCAGGAGAAAGUGGAGGACUUGCUUCAAGUCACUCGGGAAAUAGAUUUGCAACUGAAAGCGCUUGUAACUUGCCCUUAUUCAAAGGAGUCGUUUGAGGAAAUAAUAGGGAAGAUUCAAAAGCUGGUUGAUGAUUUAAAUCUUCACAAGUACUCAAACCUGGCUGAGUGGGUUGCGAAACUUGACGUGGAGGUUGAGAAUCGCCUCAUUACCCGUCUCGAAGCUGGUAUUCGUGAGUGGACGCGUGUUUUACAUACGGAUGAAAAGCAGUCGGGAGAGGCCGAAGAUGCUGAUUCUUCCAUGUCCACCUCGAUGAUGGUCUCACAGCAACGUCUUGGCGGCGAGCCUAAAAUCAAGCAGAUUUUUUUGGAACUGCGCAUCACCAAUCAACAAAUGCACUUGCAUCCCAGUAUCGAAGUUGCUUCUCACGAGCUCUUUUCUCAGCUCACUGCCUGGCAAAAUAUUAUUCUUAACCUCCCACGCAUUCAGCACUCUCGUUAUCAGGCACGCCUAUGUUCCAAUUCUCUGUGGACAUUCUGCGUUGGGUUAAACACCGAUGAGGACUCUCAGAAACUCAAUAUGAAUCUCAUAUCAAGGCUUUCGAAAGAGAGCGAUGUACUAAUUCAUGCUCACGAUGCCAUUUUCGGUAUUCUUAGCGAAACGGAGGAAUAUGUGAAAACUUGGACAAGUUAUCAAGCUUUGUGGGACCUUCAAGUGGACCAGGUGUACAAUCGUAUUGGGACUAAUCUUGAGGUGUGGAUGAAUGUACUGGACGAAAUCAAGGUCAUGCGAAGACACUUUGAUGUCGCUGAGACUCAAAAGGCUUUCGGUCCAAUCGUUAUUGUUUUUGACAAGGUCCAGUCUAAAGUUACGCUUAAGUAUGACAGCUGGCAUAAGGAAAUCCUCAGUAAAUUUGGUAGCAACCUUGGUAGCGAGAUGCAAGACUUCUACAAACAAGUUUCUGAAGCUCGAUCCGAGUUGGAGAAGCGUUCUGUAGAUUCUAAGGCAACGAGUGAUGCCGUGAACACAAUUACCUACACUCAGUCUCUCAAGCGCAAGCUGAAGCAAUGGGAAAAACAGGUCAACCUCUACAAAACAGGUCAAAACAUUCUCUACCGCGACCGUUUUCAAUUUCCCAACAAUUGGCGAGACUCAGAAAAUAUUCAGGGCGAAUGGAGUGCUUUCCAGGAGAUCCUGCGUCGCAAAGAAUCGAGUAUUUCUACAGAAGUGGCUAGCCUGCAGAUGAAGAUUGUCAGUGAAGAUAAAGCGGUUGAAGGAAAAACAGCAGAACUCUUGAAUAGCUGGCAAAAGGAAAAGCCGAUUCAGGGCAAUAUGAAACCAGAUGAGGCUGUGAAGGCUCUCACUAUUCUUGAAGGCCAGUUCUUACGGCUGAAAGAGGAGAGGGCAAACAUUCAGCGUGCGAAGGAAGCUCUAGAACUCACCGAAGAAGGUGUCUUGCCUCCUAGUGAAGAGAGGGAUCUUAAGAAUGUGUGGGUUGAGCUUUCUCGCUUUUGGGAGGAAAUUGACCAGCUUCGUGAGACUCCUUGGCAGUCGGUACAGCCACGCAAAAUUCGCCAGCAAAUCGACGAGAUGGUGCGUCGACUAAAGGAGGUACCUGCGCGACUUCGUCAUUAUGCAGCAUACGAACAUAUCAGACGCACUGUUCAAGACUUUGCCAAGGUCAAUCCCAUCGUCAUCGAUCUCAAAUCAGAAGCUCUCAAGGAACGCCACUGGCGCACUCUUAUUCGUAAAUUGAAUGUCAAUUGGGUCAUGUCGGAACUCACUCUCGGCCAAUUGUGGGACGUCGAUUUGCAGAAAAAUGAAGCCGUUAUUCGUGAUGUCUUCCUCGUGGCGCAGGGUGAAAAGGCAUUAGAGGAGUUUAUGAAACAAGUUACUGAAGUUUGGAAGACCUACGAGUUGGACUUAGUAGUCUAUCAGAACCGCUGUCGUCUCAUUCGUGGGUGGGAUGAUCUCUUUAACAGAGUUAAAGAACAUAUCAACAGCGUUGGGGCAAUGAAGUUGUCACCCUACUUCAAGCAAUUUGAAGAAGAGGCCCUAACGUGGGAGGAUAGGUUGAAUAGGAUUAAUGCACUCUUCGAUGUUUGGAUUGAUGUUCAAAGGAGAUGGGUGUACUUGGAUGGUAUUUUUUCGGGAUCUGCUGAUAUCAAAACUCUGCUUGCUCAGGAGUCCCAACGCUUUUCCAGUGUUAGUACUGAAUUCUUGGGAUUGCUAAAGAAAGUUUCAAAAUCUCCACUCGUAAUGGAUGUUCUCAAUAUUCCGAAUGUACAGCGUCAACUGGAAAGGUUUUACUUUGUUGGAGAUGAAGAUUUGUUGGAGAUAAUUGGCAACAGUAAAAAUAUCCCUCGGUUACAAAAGCACUUUAAGAAGAUGUUCGCGGGUGUAAGCGCUAUUAAACUAAAUGAAGAGUGUACUGAGGUUCUGGGAUUGAUAUCGAAGGAAGGCGAGGAGGUUGACCUUGUUCAUCCAAUUUCUAUCAAGGACAAUCCUACCAUUAAUGACUGGCUUUCACUACUAGAGAAGGAAAUGCGCGUUACACUUGCUAGUUAUUUGGGUUAUGCCGUCGCUGAAUUGCAGGCAAACACCGCACUAAGCAAUUCCAAAUCAUCUGAUUCCCUCACGGAUUGUCUUCGCUCCGUUGAGUCAAUGCUUACAUUACUCGCCGACGCUGUGCUUGGUGAACAGCCGCCAGUUCGCCGGCGCAAGCUCGAACACCUCAUAAUGGAGCAUGUGCACCAACGUGACGUACUCCGAGCGCUCAUUAAAACAGGCGUUAACUCUCCACAAUCCUUCCAGUGGCUCUCUCAGAUGCGUUUCUAUUUCAAUCCCAAGCAAUCCGAUCCACUGGACCAAGUGUCUAUUCACAUGGCGAACGCUAAGUUUGCCUACGGCUUCGAAUACCUCGGUGUGAUGGAUCGUCUCGUGCAAACUCCACUAACAGAUCGUUGUUAUCUGACAAUGACGCAGGCCCUCGAGGCGCGCCUCGGUGGAUCACCUUUUGGUCCUGCGGGUACAGGAAAAACUGAGUCUGUGAAGGCUCUCGGCAUGCAAUUGGGCCGCUUCGUCCUCGUCUUCAAUUGUGAUGAGACUUUCGAUUUCCAUGCAAUGGGACGAAUUUUCGUUGGCCUUUGCCAAGUUGGUGCAUGGGGCUGCUUUGAUGAGUUUAAUCGGUUGGAAGAGAGAAUGCUGUCCGCAGUCUCCCAGCAAAUUCAGGGUAUUCAAGAGGCACUGAGAGAUCAUUCGAGUGGCAAAGACGUUACCGUGGAGCUUCUUGGGAAAAAUGUUACUGUCAACCCUGAUAUGGCAAUAUUUAUUACGAUGAAUCCUGGUUAUGCUGGUCGUUCGAAUUUGCCUGACAAUCUGAAGAAACUUUUCCGUUCCUUGGCCAUGACUCAGCCAGAUCGCCAACUGAUUGCCCAAGUUAUGCUUUACUCACAGUGCGAUCUUUUAUCGUGCUCCAGUGUAUGUCCGUUUCGGUAUCUUAUCAUGCGUUUUGUUAAGGCCGUUUUUACAUGGUUAUAG